AUGCUUGUAGUGGUUUCUUCAUUAGCCUAUAAAAUAUGUAAAAAAGAGAAUCCUGAAUUUCCACAACAGACAGACUCAUACAAUUUACCUACAUGUAGCAGAAUUUCUCACCAAGAACUUGUACUAGCAACAGAAAGGUUCAACUCAAGCAACUUACUUGGUGAAGGGAGUUUUGGAUCAGUAUACAAGGGAACACUUUCAGAUGGGAUGAAUAUUGUAGUAAAAGUUAUAAACUUGCAAGUAGAAGGGGCAUUUAAGUGUUUUGAUGCAGAGUGCGAGGUAUUACAGAAUGCCCAUCAUCGCAAUUUGGUCAAAAUCAUUAGCGUUUCUAGCAACAUUGACUUCAAGGCCCUUGUGUUGGAAUACAUGCCAAAUGAGAACUUAGAGAAGUGGUUAUACUCUAAUGAUCAUUGUUUGAAUUUCUUACAAAGGCUGAAGAUAAUGAUUGAUGUCGCAUCAGCAUUGGAAUACCUUCAUUAUGGUUACUCAGCAGUUAUUGUUCAUUGUGAUUUGAAGCCGAGCAACGCUUUAUUAGAUGUGGAUAUGGUUGCACAUGUUGCUGAUUUUGGCAUGGCCAAACUCUUAGGUGAUGAGAAUUCUAUGAUGCAGACCAUGACUCUUGCAACUUUGGGGUAUAUGGCACCUGCCUUGGAGGAGUGCAUAUCUUUUAUUUUGGGAUUGGCUUUAGAUUGUUGUGCAGAGUUGCCUGAACAAAGAACUAACAUGAAAAUUGUUUUAGCCAUGCUAAAGAAGAUCAAAAGAAAGUCUUUAAGAGAUGUCGAAGGACACUGA